AUCCCCACUGCCAAAAAGGAGAGAUCCACGACCGCCACAGCGAGCGAGUACUGCAGCGGCUACGAGCAGAGGACCAAACGACCUCGACAAGUUUGGAUCCUGGAUACGGGCACGGGGAAUUGCACAUCAUAAUACACCUCCAGGACUCGUGCACUGUCCCGGCGAACUGCGAAAGGCAGAUUAGAUCGCCACAUUACCCAUAUAUACAAGACAUUUCAGGAAGGACAAGUAAUCAUUCGUUCGGAUGACCCGUCCCCACGCUCACUCCACUUCCGCUUCCCAACCAUAUCAUCCCAAACCACCUCGUCUCCUCCGUCGAUCUCCUUCCGAACCAGUCCAUGUCAAUGAUUCUCUCGCAAGCUUGAACGGUGUGAAUGGAGAAAACAGGGCAUCGGCAUCCCCCUCACAGCAGAUCUACGUCCUAACCGCCGACGGUUCACGCCUCUUCCUCCUCGAUCCUACAAGACCGAACGAGGAAGAACCUCCACCAUACGCAUCUUUCCCUAUACAACAUAUCCCUGGUAACGAUGACGACGCCGACGCCGGUGCAGAUGUUGAAGAAGAUGGAGGUGUUGGAGGUGGUGGCGAUAUGCUUGCACCGACAUCGAGCAGACUUCUCAUCCCUGGGUAUACUUCCAUUUUCGCUGAGCCCUCGGGCCGACAUCGCGCACGGACGCUCUCCGCGUUAUCGGCAGAACGCUCAAGACCACGUACGAGCACGACCACCUCUCGGCCUGAUAAUCGGCGUGCGCGCUCUGCACUCUUGACAGAAACGGCGAAUCCUGAACCGCCGCAUGGUCACGGUGCGUAUCUGUCAGCGGUGGGUCCGGCGGAUGAAAGGACUCCGCUUUUGGCUGUUGCUGCGCGCGGGGGUAUUGGCGAUAGGGUGUCGGACGCGGAUGAUGAUGCUGAAGGAGAAGGAGAUGGUUCCCUGGGGAGGAAAAGUCGGAUGAGGAGAGGGUGGUGGAGAGGUGUGUGGUGCGGAGAGCUUGAGAAAGGGGAGCAAGUUGGUACUUGGUCGGAUGGAUGGAAACGGUUUUGGAGACCUGUAGGGAAAGGGGAUUAUUGGGCGAGUGCCUUCCAUUUGAUAUUCUUGAAUUUUCCUCUUGCAUUGCUCGUAUGGCCGCCUCUUGUCGUCGGUACACUUGCAGGCACAGCAUUACUCAUCACCUUGCCUAUCGGCGCUGUUGUUUGGUGGAUAACCCUGUUCAUCGCCCGAUCGGCUGCUCGUCUCGAAACCAUAAUGCAAACAUAUUACCACCCCUUACUACCCUCCAAACUAUCUCCUUAUCACCCCAUCUUCCACCUCCCCCUCGCUCCUUCACCUCUCCCGACCCCUCUUCCUUCCCCGACUUCUGCCCCGCCCUCCCCUUCCCACCACUCCACCGACUCCAUCCAUUCUCUCCGCGACGAAGAAAACCUCACCGCUACCCCUACCCAGCAAUGGGAUAAACGAUUCACAAAAUGCUCAUAUGCCAUGUUCCUCGACCACUACUCCUACUCCUCCCUCUCUUACUUUCUCCUCAUCAAACCCGUCAUCACCCUCUUUUCAACGAUCUUGAUUGUGGUGGUGCUGGUGCUAGGCGGUGUGAGUGUGGUGGGGUUGCCGGUGGCGUUGAGGGCGAUUAAGAGGUGGGGGAGGUGGCAGGCGGAAGUGGCGGUGGAGAAUUUGUAAGCGGAUUAAGGGGAUCUUUUUUGAAUGGAUAGGGGGAUGGGGAUAUCGGGUCUUUUCAUUUAAACUCCCACUUUUUUUCUCAACAUUGUUUGAGGGAUUUAUACUCUUUUUGGCGUAUCGUAUCCUUGGACUGUUUUCUGCUUGUCACAGCGUCUGUCCAUUGUCCUAUUGGGAUCUGAAGGAUCUGUUCCCUUUGGUUGUAUUUGUCCAUGUAUUUAUGGU